AUGAUAAUAAAAGUUGUCACCUUAAACGGACAUGAAUGUUUGAUCGAUGUACAACCCUCAGAUACAAUUAUAGGCUUGAAGCAAAGACUAGAAGAAAAAGAAGGUAUACCACCUCAACAACAAAGAUUAAUUUUUCAAGGCAAGCAGUUGAAUGACGACAAAACUUUAGCCAGCUACAAGCUUAAAGGUGGCAGCGUUUUGCAUAUGGUCGUUGCCCUAAGAGGCGGCGAAGAUAAUAAUAAUGUAGGCUUUUUAGAGAUAAUCUAA